ACCAGCAAGCAAUGCAUCUCGAAGAGGUCGCGGUGCUCGUGGGCCAUGCCGAGUGCGUCUGGCACGCGUCGUGGAGCCCGGACGGAAGCCUUCUGGCGACGUGCGGCAGCGACAAGACGGUGCGCAUCUGGGCCUGCGCGCGCAACGGCGCCACCCACUGGGACUGCGUCGCGACGCUCGAGGACGCGCAGAACCGAACGAUCCGCGCCUGCGAAUGGUCGCCGAACGGGCAGUUCAUUGCGUGA